UAAACACAUAAGUCGUCUCAAGGCUCCACAAACCACCACAUUGCUCCAAGGACGUGUAUUCCUUCUUAUCUUGUCUACGCAAAGCGUCAAUAAGUAUUACUCAACUCUUUCAAUCGUCAUCGGAAACCGUGGUUUAUGGCAUGCAACGAUAUAAAAGCCAUUCUUGAUCUUCUAGAGCAAUGGUGUGGAGUUUGGAGUGACCUAGUGACCACACAUGUGAAUAAGAAAGAGCUGGUUGGUUUGAGAUCAACGUCUCGUGUUCAAUUUACACUUUGGCCAGGAAUAGCAACCCAAACAUGAUAUCAACUCGUCGUCCAUUCUCGAAAUCAUUUUCUGGUACGCCGCCUUCAAUAGACCGGCUUAAAGACGAACGAUGUGGUAUAGUCAAGGCUCGUAAGUAUUCAAAGGCGUUUAUAUAUUACUCAGAAAAUCCCAGAUUACCGACUAAACAUCCAGAAAGCUUACGCAGAACGCUAUCUUUGCCCGACUGCAAUGAGAUGACUCUACUUUGUACGGCUUCUGAAAGGACUACAGCUACAGAACGUAAAGUGAAACGGACUCGGAGCGUCUCGUUUGARCCAGAGGUUCUUCUUUUCAAUGCUGUUGCUGAAAACGAUGUCUCGGAGUUAAAAGAAUUGAUAAACAAGCAUAAUGUUAAUAUAAAUCAUAGAAGUCCUUCAGGGCUGUGCGCGCUACACUAUGGAGCUCUGGAGGGCAGUUUUGAAUGUGUUAAACUAUUGAUUGAACAUGGGGCUGACAUCGAUGUGGAAGAUUCCCAAGGCUGUUCUCCUCUGGACUUCGCCGUUCGUGGUGGUCAGUUUGACUGUGCGGCUUAUCUUAUUAAAGCUGGAGCAGAGAUCACUAAAAUUGUAAAUGGAAUGAUGUGAUGGUUUCAAUAUAAGAAUUUAUACAGAAGGGAAAACACGCAAGAUGCGCAAGGUGAAAAAUAAUAGAAGAGAGAGAUCAGAGCAAAUAUAACGUGAUAUUUUUGUCCAUGGAUGAUGUGAUGUGAUGGAUGGACGUCGAACUUGGGCUUAUCCAUAGGAUUAAAGUCUUGAGAAAACAACAUGUUUCUUGGAUGAUUUCAUUUCCUGUCAUUGUCUUAAAUCUUUAUAAAUAUAUUGUCGUCUUUCCCCCUUUUUGUUCGACUUUUAAAAUCAAAGAAAAAGUGAAAAAAGGGUAACGAAUCAAACGCCUUGAUAUUAAAUUGCGUGAUUUAAAUCGUAAAAUCGGGAAAAAAACCUUUUCAAAUCAUCAAGAUUAGUCUACAGAGAAUGAAAUUAUCAGUCGGUGAUUACAUAAGCUUGGAAUUUAGAUAUUGAUUUGAGCAACAAAAUUGUUCACCCAUGACAGGUGCAGAUAUGAAAUGCGAUUAGUCGAAGAGCUCAGAAACCCCAGAAAAACAUCAAACGUCAGUUCUCUAUAUUCGGUGUAAGGUUUUAUUUUUUUCAUUAUAAUUUCCGACAUUGUUUUUUAUUGAAAUCGAUCAAAUAAAAAGGCAAUGCCGGAAAGUCCAGAUUACAUAUCCUUUGUCUUGAAAACAAAUACGGCAUCUAAAGGUAUUAAAUCCAUUCUUUUUUCUAAGUAAUGUAUUGUUUAAAUUUAACUCGCUCUAUUCCAGUAAUUUUAGUUUGUGAGCGUUGGCUUUGCACGUUUUUGAAUUCAAAGGUUCAUGGCGUCAAAGCGAAAUGUAAUAAUAAAACUCAAUGCUGAUCAAGCUGCGGUUUGCAAAGGGUCAACAAAAGUGAUUUUCGCGGUUACUUUUGCGGUGAGGAGAACUAUUUUGCCAUCUAAUUAAAGUCAUUCCACAAAUAGCUUCGUUACCAUCACUCAAGUUUGUUGAACUUGGAAAGCCGCAUAACUACAACAAGUAACUUCAGCAUUUAUAAAUACAGCACCCAAGUAAUUCURUCAAUAAAACUAAGCUCCAGGCAACGGAAAAUGUAAGACAAAAAAAUACCUAUCUAUAAUUAACUUUAAAUUGCUUAUCAUUUGUUUUCUUGGCGGCAUACUCUUUGCUAAAGUCAUCACUUGUAAACUGAUCGUGGGCUUUUCGAUAAAAAGAGAAUUUUUGGCCUAAAAGUCUGCACUGAUGGGCUUUCGUAUACAAUACCAAACGCUACGAAUACAAAUCUGUGURAACGAGGUCUUUUUGCAUUGUAUUCUAAGCUCAAGAGAAGUUAUAAAAAGUAACGAAUACGCAUCUGUUUGGGGUAAAAUAUUUGUAAGUGAGGCCUGUAUAUAAGAAUCAUUGAGGUCAUUCCCCUUUCACUCUUGCAGCGGUAGUUCC